CAUUCUCCCCAUGCGCAGCCGGUGGCAUCGCCGGGGCGUUGGCGGAAGCCCCCGGGGCACGGGAGGGGGCAGGCCCAGGCGGGGACGCCGAAUCACGGGCUCCUGUUUCCCGCAGGGUGCUGGAGGAGGAAACCGGCGGAGCAGCUUCCUCACUCUCAGUUGCGCGUCUGGCGAUGGCGAUCAGAGGUCCUGCUGCGCUCCCCGCUGCGCUCUCCCUCCAUUAGCCGCGCUGCCCCGCUUUGCGCCCCCGCUGGUGCUCUCGUCUGGGUUCCGGGAUCGGCGCCCCCUUCCAGGCACGACCCCCUCCCCCGGCCCCUCGGCCUUUCCCCCACUCGGCCGUCUCCGACCCGGGGCGCGCGUUCGCCCGGCCCGGCUCCCUCUCUCCCUCCGGGGACACCGCUCCCUAGCCCCAGCCCGGCCCUCCCCGCGGCGCAGCACGGAGUCUCCGCGUCCCAUGGCGCAACCCACUGCCUCGGCCCAAAAGCUGGUGCGGCCGAUCCGCGCCGUGUGCCGCAUCCUGCAGAUCCCGGAGUCCGACCCCUCCAACCUGCGGCCCUAG